UUCUCCGGGUCCUCCCCUCGCUGAGCCUUUUUGCAUAAAGAAAGGGAGCUCCCUGUUUCUCUCUGCGUGUUUCCCACCCUUCUACCCAGGGGAGAGAAAAAAGGCUGCUUGUUUCUCUCUGUGUGUUUUUCCCUCCUCCACCCGGUGAAAAAGGCUGUUUGCUUUGUUUCACUCGGUCACUGAUAAAGUCUUCCAUCGGGAACUUGCCUACUUCAGCGUUGUCUACUUUCUGUGCGUUGCCUUGCAUGUGUUCAAGAUGAAUCUGGACAAGCUCAGCAAACCUGAACUACUGACACUAUUUAGCAUUCUUGAAGGGGAACUAGAAGCCCGAGAUGUUGUCAUAGAAGCCUUGAAGGCCCGGCGCAGAGAUACUUUCAUUGAAGAGCGCUAUGGACAAUACAACAUUAAUAAUCCAUUUGCGGCUCUUCAGAGAGAUUUUGAAGCACUGAAUGAAGAGAAUCGUGAUGAUAAGCAGCCUGUUUGUACCAAUCCCUUGUCCAUCCUGAAGGUAGUGAUGAAGCAUUGCAAGAAUAUGCAAGAAAAAAUGUUGUUCCAACUAGCUGCAGCAGAGAGCAGGCACAGAAAGGUAAUCUUGGAUCUUGAGGAAGAGAGGCGGCGGCAUGCCCAAGAUACUGCUGAAGGAGAUGAUGUCACAUACAUGCUGGAAAAGGAACGAGAGCGGCUCGCACAACAGCUGGAAUUUGAGAAGUCGCAGGCGAAGAAGUUUGAGAAAGAGCAGAAGAAGCUAUUGGACCAGUUGGAGGAGGAGCAUGACCGCCAGCAGCAGCUUUCUGCCAUGCUUGUGUUGGAGUGCAAGAAAGCCACAGCCAAAGCCGCAGAGGAAGGACAGAAGCUUGGGGAGCUGAGGCUGAAGCUAGCUGAGGAAAGAAGCAAAGUAAGCCACUUGGAGGGAGAGCUAGCAGCCCAGAAGAAGAGAGGCUUGCAAAUGGAGGCGCGAGUGGAGAAGCAGCUGUCCGAGUUUGACACUGAACGGGAGCAGCUGAGAGCCAAGCUGGAUCGGGAAGAGAAUCGCACCAAGGCCCUGAAGGAAGAAGUAGAGAAUCUGAAGACAACUCUAAAAGAAUUAGAGGCCUCAUAUAAAGCUGGGAGAGGCAAAGCAGAGCACACGCCACUAAAGGUCUCAAAGGUAUCCACAGCAACUGCCACAGAGGGUUCAAGUAGGUCAGUCACUUGCCAGACAGAAAGCCCCUGGACAGAGAGCCUCAGCCAGGGAAGUACUAUUCGACGGGCACCUAUAUUAUCGCCUAUCUCUGCCACUGUUUCCCACUCUUAUACCAAGGCAAAUGGGCACUGUGAUGCUCAUGUACAAGCAAGUAUGGAGCCAGCUCUGCCCAAGGAUGAGCCGAUUGGACCAGCAGCUGAGAGGGCCACAGAAAUUAGCAGCUCCCCAGUGAGAACAGUUUCCCUUUCACCUUCAACCCCACCAAUCCCUUCCAGUGGGAUAUUCUUUUCUCCAAGCAACACAGCUUCUUCAUCUCUGACAUCCUCCCCAUGUUCCUCCCCAGUGAUGACUAAACGUUUGGUUGGAGCAUCAGUCAGCAGCCCCAGCUACCAAUCUUCAUACCAAGUGGGGAUCAACCAGCGCUUCCAUGCGGCACGUCACAAAUUCCAAUCCCAAUCUGAUCAAGAUCACCAGCCAAGCGGUCUCCAAAGCCCUCCAUCUAGGGAUCUGUCACCCACCCUGGUGGAUAAUUCUGCCGCAAAGCAGAUUGCCCGUAAUACAGUCACUCAGGUUCUCUCCAGGUUCACCAGCCAGCAGGGUCCCAUCAAGCCAGUUUCUCCCAACAGCUCCCCCUUUGGCACAGACUACCGAAGCCUGGCCACUCCCCUGAGCCCCAAAAGUGAGUGUGGCCCAGGCAAGGUCUCUGGCCCAUUGAGUCCACUGUCACCUGGAAUUAAAUCACCAACCAUACCCAGAGGAGAAAGAGGGAACCCUCCACCAAUUCCUCCCAAGAAACCUGGACUGACUCCUUCUCCAGCCAGUCCCACUCCACCAACUAAAACCUCCUCUCAGGCAUCUUCUCUGGGUUCUCCUAUGGACUUGGCAAGUAGCUGUUCAAGCAAUCCUGUUGUAGCCAAUGGGAAAGAAAUUGAGACCUUAUUGCCAACCAGUAGCUAGCUUCCAAAAGUGUUGCAUUCCAAGUGUUUGCCAUUCCUGGAGCUGAAACAGCUGCUACACUGUCUUAUCCACUUUAUGUUAUUUAUUAUUUGGCUAGUAACAAGAUCUAUUUGUAUAGCAUGUUUAGUGUACUUUUCCUUUUGAUUUAUAGUAUAUAGAAAAUAACACAACUUGUGUACAAACCUUUAAACACUAGAUCUUCAAGGUGUCUUAACGGCAGUAGGCACAUCGAACGAACAGAGAAGCAGUUGAUUUCCUGUGCUGGGAGCUGACCAGUGGACUAUGACAAUGAAGCAGUUGCUUUUAAAUUAUGCAGCAAAAUACACUCCAUGCAAACUUCCAUUCCAGGCAGACAUUUCCUAAGAAGUGCCUGAGCUUAAGCUGCACUGCAGCCAUGCAUGUGUUUCUCUACAAAACCAGAAGUGAUUGUCCAAUUGAAGCAAGCACAGAUUCCUCUCGGAAUCAUGAAUGUUGAAAUAACCACUGUCCUUAAUCCUUUCCAGUAGUUCUGUUAUCAGCAGAAAUGAAAUGUUCCAGAGGCCGGCCAAUUGUUUCCCUCUUAGGAAUCAAGUCAGUUAAUGUCGCUGCAUUGUCAGGCACAUUUGGCCUUAAUAGGGAGCUUUGUACAUCCUGAGCUUUUUCUAUGUGACCAUGUAAACAUAAAAUAAAAGGGGAGGGGGGCUUUAAGCAAUCAGGGUGCCAUUUUCCCCCAGUCAAGUACUCAUUUCUUUUUAUAUGUAGAGAGAGAAAAUAGGUGAGAUUAAAUCUGGAAGUGUUCCACUAGUUUUUUAAAAAUAUUUUUCACAUAUUUUGCUGUUCUGUAUGUAGAACCUCUGAGAGCAGAAUCUUCUGUGAUAAUGAUCUUAACAUUACUUGAAAUGAGAAGUGGUUAGUCAGUUCUAUGUGUGUUUUAGCACUGGAAAGAUAGGGAUCCGUGCUAGAUGAUUCAAAGCAAUAACGUUGGGUUGUAUCCAGCUAAGUUUUUCUCAAAGUAAACCCAUGGAAAUUAAUGAAGCUUGCAAAAGUCAUCCCUCCCUGGGAAGAGUAUAGCAUUUUCAAAAGUUGUGUGUGCUGCAAGGAGAAAAGGAAAUUUCUCCAUCAUCUACACAAACACAAACUAUUUCUUUUUCUCUCAAGAUCCUCAGGGAGCCAGAAACAUUGUGUGGUGCUGGUGACUUGCAGUUCUUACUCUGCCCACCAGCUGCUCUGGUCACACUGACAUCUGGACCUCUGCAAAGGUCCCUCCCUGGUGGGGAGGUUGUCUUCUCCUGCACCGGACACAAGGUCUUGAUGCUGCUUCAAGACUCCACUAUCUCCUACUCUAAACUUUAUUUCUAAGCUAUAUUGAAGUAUUUUAGCAAAGUGACUGAUAUUUCUGAGACUAGGAGGCCAUACCACUUGACUAUAUACCUCUUAAAUUUUGAUCAGAGUACCGUAAUUUCAGUUGGCUGCCCCUACACUAACAGUACUCCAGAAUGUCUUAUAGACAACUAGGAAAGCACACAAACAGUUCAUUUGUGCAGUGCAAGUUUCUGAAUAUGGUCUGUGCAGCUGCAUACCGGGUGAAUGGUUUCUUAUUGGUAUCUCUAUGAAUCAUGAACUAUAAGGGUAUUGUAGCAACCCCUAAAAUCUUUCCUUGGGAUUAGACUAACUUGUAUCUUGAUAUGAUAGAGAUUUAUAGAUAAUAAUAUUAUUAGGAAAAUGCACAGAGUAUUGUAGUCUACAGUGGAUGGUGGGAAGGGAGAAGGCAAGAGGAGAUUUAUAUUUUUGCCAGUAGUCUGUCUUCAGAGAUUAAGCUAAACACAACUAUUAAAAUGUUCCCAGCUAAUCCAGUAAGACAUCUAGUGUUAGUAUUGUAGGUUUUAUAUAGACCUGAGUGUAUGCAGGAAAAAAACAACAUGUUUAUUCUUCUCAGAAUCCUGUAUCGCUGGAGAAGUUCCUGGAUAAUAAUGAUGAUAAUAUAUUUUAAUGAAGUCAAAACUGCAUAAUCUAGUAUUAUCAUUAACACUGGUAUAUUUGUAAAGUCAAAUGUAUGAAGCACAGUCUUUUUACCAUUUUUAUAACUGGCAGCAUUAAACACCUCAAACGUUCACACUAUCAACAAAGGGUUAUAUUUUUAUUAUGUGAAUAUUGUGCAAGAACAUGUUUGAGAAGUAGGUUGGGCUGCUUGUAUCAUGAAAUGUUUUUAACUGGAUAGCCAUGAAGCAUUUGCUAGCAAUUUGUAGGCAUUUUGUUAGCUGUAGUAUGUCUGAAACACAUAUAUAAAAAUGUGCAAAUGUUUCCAGUAGCUGGCAAUAGCAGGGGCAAAGCUUUUAAAACAAAAAUAAGAAACUCCCUACUACUUGGUAGGAAUGCUGCCAGUAUUUGACAUCACCUUUGCCCUUAGCUUCUGGGCAAUUUAGUCUUUACUCUUCAGAGUUCUUCUAUACCAACAUCCAUGCCAACCAUUGCCAUGCAACAUAACAUUAUGAUGUGAUGGCACCUCUCCAGCCAGCUUUUGGUUAGGGAACCACACCUCUUCAUUUCCGCUGCACCUUCUGAUUCCUCAGUCUUGCAUCAUGCAGCAGUGAGCCAGCACCCUUGGGAAAUAUGUAUGCAUUUGUAAGAGGGUGCAUUAGGUGCAUACCUUAAAGAUUAUCUGCAACUUUGGUACAUCUGAGAUUGCAACCAUGGACACAAAUUUCUGUACAGAACUUUUUGUGCUUAGGUGCCAGCACUUGGCAGAGGAUAUGGGCACUUGGUCAGCUCAUUUCCACCUAUUUGAUCACACUUCUGCAUAUAACCUGAUUCUUUUUCCACUUCUGGGGGUGGAGUCAGACUUUGCAUAAGGCAAAGUCCUCUCCCUGGUCUGGAAUGUUGCAAAACAAUCCGUACAACAUCAAAAGCCUGUUAAGGUUCCACCCACCACUUUCUACCAUCCAGCGCUCAAAUCUGUGAAGGUAUUAAUCUCACCUAUGGCAAUCUACUUAACCCAGCCCAUUUUCUAGAGCUAUGGCUCCUAGGAGCCUUAGAGCAACUCUGCAACCUGCUUUGAAACUACGGGAAUAGAAGCAAAGAGACGAUUGCCGACAGAGCAUCUCUAUGCUGCUGCUUUAUUUUGUUUUGUCUCUUGCAGCUCACAUACAGGAAUUUUUUUCUUCACAAACAAUUACUCAAGAGAAAGGGGGAGGGGGAGUUUUGUCCAAAGUUUUCUUUCCCUACACUAAGAAGAAAACAGUGUCUGCACUGUCCCAGAAGUCAGAGUCUGAGACUUUAAACUAAUUCUUUUUUACUGGAGGAUGGGACAAGUUAAAAAUAUAUUUAUGACUAGGAAAAUUCCAGUCUUCUGACUCUUUCUUAGACUUCUUGCACUAUGACCAUGGGGUGAUGUGGUUAGAGUGUCAGACUUGGAGAACCUGUGUUCAAAUCCCUAUUUGGUCUUGAAACUCACUGGAUAACUGGCUGAGAAUAUGUAACUCGUCCAAACUUACAUCAGAGGGUUGUUGGGAAGAUAAAAUUAGCAGAGGUUACUUCCUACUGCAGUUACUCUCUUCAUUGUUAGAGCAGAGUCUUGAUUUGUGCAGCAACUUGUCUGCAGCUCUGAGAGCCAUAAUUUUCCAGUCCAGGAGUGUUCAAAAAUGAUUCUCUUAUGCCACCUUGUGUUGUGAAUAAUGCAUGCUUCUCUGUUGUCUCUGGCAGACAUAUAUUCUUGCAACUAUUAAAAUGAGGGGAUUGAAAGGCACGCUUGGAUUUAGGCUUAUCUCUUGAAUGUUAUUUCUCCAGGUGACUGGUAUUUUUCUUAAUUCAGUAGAAUUUCCACCUCAGUAGGUCCUUUCCCCCCCUAUAGAGCUACCAACAUAUGGGAGAAAGAUUACAGCAUUUGGGACUUUUUAGUUUAAAGAAAUGGCGAGGAAGCAGUAACUGGAUUGAAGUUUUUCAACUUCUAUAGACAAAGUGGUUAGAGAAAAGUUAUUUUCCUUCUCUCAUAACACUAGAACCCAUGGACAUUCAGUGAAGUUGAUUAUGAUGAAUACAGACUGCAUAGGCAUAGAAUUGACAUAAACACACUCAAAA